AUGCCAGAGACAAAGAGCUCCAUCCCUUCCGACUCGAGUAGCACCUCCAGCUCCAGUUCAACAGCUGGUGACAACCGCUUCUUCCCUUCCUCACAUGGUCCGACGCUCAGCGGAGUAGCCUCGCUCCUCGCAUCACCCACUACACGCAAUGUCAUUGUGCUCGCCGGCGCCGGUAUCUCUACAUCAGCUUCCCCACCCAUCCCCGAUUUCCGCUCUCCCGGUACCGGUCUGUACGCCAACCUCGCGGCUUACAACCUACCUUACGCUGAGGCCAUCUUCGACAUUGGCUACUUUCAACGUCAUCCACAACCGUUUUUCACAUUGGCGAAACAUUUGUAUCCGGGCAACUUCAAGCCUGCACUUGCGCACUACUUUUUGACUCUACUGCAGCGCAAGCAAAAGUUGAAGCGAGUUUUCACGCAGAAUGUCGACACUCUGGAGAGGAUCGCCGGUGUCGAAGCGGACAAGGUUGUUGAAGCACAUGGAAGUUUUGCCACCUCGACAUGCAUUGUUUGUAAGCACAGCGUAGAUGACGAUUGGAUCAGGAACAAGGUCGAGAGUGGACAAGUGGCUAGGUGUCCUAGGCCAAAGUGUCCCGGUAGGAAAACAGGUAGCAAGGGCGAGCAGCGCGGAGGACUGGUCAAACCGGAUAUCGUCUUCUUCGGCGAGUCUUUACCACCAAGGUUUUUCAGGUGCAUUCCGGAUCUGAAAACAGCCGACCUACUCAUUGUCAUGGGGACGAGCUUGCAGGUGCAACCGUUUGCUUCGUUGAUCGAUGCUGUUCCAGCCACUUGCCCCAGGUUGCUGAUCAACUUGGAGCGCGUAGGAGAGCUCGCUUCGUCCAACGGCUAUCUGGGUGGCGGCAUGGGCGCUGGCAUGUACAACGAAUCAGGCUUCGACUUUGAUGGCCUCACCCAUGGCGGCAAGCACAAAACCCGCGAUGUGUUCUACGAGGGGAAAGCGGACGAUGGCGUAGCAGAGCUCGUCAAGCUCAUCGGGAAAGAGUGGCAGACAGAAUUGGAAAAACUCAAAGAAGAGGGAUACAAACAACUCGACCGAGAUAAGAAGUCCACGCAAAUGGCUACAGAGUCGAAAAAUGGAUCAGGACACACGGACAGCAGCAGGAAACAGGAAGACUCCAAGACAAAGGUAGAAGGACUUGCGAAUUCUUCGACGAUCAAGGGCGACAGCACCAAGCUGGAUGAGUUGACACGCGAUUUGGAAACCAAGGUCAAGCUCGAUGAUCAGUCGAAAGAGGUCGCGAGAGAUAGUCAAGGUGUGGUUUCGAACAAACCGUCAUCAUGA